UCAGAAGGGCCAUGAAGCCUCCAAAGCCAGGGUAUGGCAAUGGGAACGGAAUCAGAGUUGGUGCCUUCCCUGGAGUUGGAGCCCAGCCAGGCUUGGGAGCUGGCACGAAGACUCAGAAACCAGGUGAGCAGGCCCCUGUUCUUCCCACUGUCCUCCUGACUCUGUCCCCACCCACCGGCGACCGUCUUUUUUCUACUCCUCAAACUCUCGGGUCACAUCCAGUUUUCCGUUUAGGAUACAGCAAUGGAAACAGUCUGGGGGCUCAGCCAGGACUUGGGAAUGGAAAUGGGCUGGGUGCUGGGGCCUUCCCAGGAACUGGAGCCCAGCCAGGCCUUGGAGAAGGACCAAAACCCCACAAGACAGGUCCUGCACCACAGAAUGGCUAUGGACCAGGAUUCGGCAACGGGAAUGGACUUGGCCUGGGAGCCCAGCCAGGUCCUCCAGCUCAGAAUGGCCAUGGAGUAGCUAUCAGAGUGGGCGUGAAACCUCCAAAGUCAGGAUUUGGCAAUGGGAACGGAAUUGGACCUGCAGCCCAGCCAGGUUUUGGAGGUGGCAGGAAACCCCAGAAGCCAGGUUAUGGGAAUGGAAAUGGACCGGAUGCCCUGCCAGGAGUAGGAGGGAAGCCUCAGAAGCCAGGCCCUGCUGCUCAAAAUGGCUACAGACAAGACUAUGGAACAGACAUGAAGCCCCAGAAGUCAGGAUUUCGGAAUGGACAUGGUCAUGGAGUCCAGCUGGGGUACAGAAAUGGGCUGGGAACUAGAGCCUUCCAAGGCAAAGGACCACAGCCAGGGUACAUGCCAGAGAACAGGCUGGGGGUCUUCACAGGCCUGGGAGGGGCAAUGAAACCUCCGAAGACAGUUUACAGCAAUGGACAGGGAAUGGCAGCCCAGCCAGGUUCCUGCCACGGUGGGGUGGCCCCACCACAGCUCCUCCCCAGGUCCCCCACUCCUGGAGCCCCGUCAGAUAAAGGAGGUAGCUGGGGCCUGAAAUCCCAGCUCCUACCCCCAGUGCAGAAUGGUAAAUUCCCAGCACCAACCCCUGCCAUCCAGUGGGGACUGAAGCCUCAGAAAGCAGGUUACCAGGCCUUCAAUGGCUAUGGAGCUGAAGCAGAACCGGGCUUCCGUGGCCUCAAGCUGCAGAAAGUUGGUUUCUAUUACGGAAAUGGAGCUCUGGAAGCUGGAAUUUCCCCUGAGAUCCUGCAGUCAGGGUUCCCCAUAGCCAGUAGUUUUAGGAAUGGAUUCAGGGAGGAGACUCUUAUGUAUCCUAAGACAACAGUUCCAACCCUACAGAGAAAUGGUCAGGCUGAAACCCUGCAGGGCUCCCCCUGGCCAGCCCUCCAGCCCUGGGGGGCUGGAAUGAAGGCAGGCUAUGGAUAUGCAGGUCUUGGGAACCAGGCAGGACCCUAUGGGCACCUGAGGCCAGAGCUGGGACGGGAACACUUUGGGGGUUCUGAAGUGAAGGCUGAUACCAAGAGUCAGCUAGGAAACCGUUACAGAGGACACUGCCCUUCUGGGAAAUGCUGAGCGCUGAGCCUGUCCCCUGCCCGCCCCGAGGGUCUCUGCAUUAGAGCGUGGUUGGGGGAGCACAGCCGGGGGAUCUCAAGGCUUGCCCAGGACACUUCCCUGCCUGUGGUAUCCUCUGGGCUGCAGUAUCAAUAAAGCCGUAUGAUUCUUU